CGGGGACGGGAGCAGGAGGGCUGCACCCGGACUCCGGGACAGGCCCAGCUGAAAAUGACUGGGCGAGGGGUGGGGUGGAGACGCCCGCGACGCCAAAGCUGGGGUCCCGGAACGCGCGGGGAGGAGGGUGGAAGGCAACUUGGGAGAAACUGGGAAAGGCGCCCAGGACCUCGGGGACACCCCGCACAGCCGGGCGCACAGCCCCUCCUGCGCGAACCGGCGCCCAAGGGGCGGUCACGCAGCGCGCCCCGAGCAGAGCUCAGUGGGUAGUGCCCCCUGCCCUUCUGCGGCGCACAGCCCAGCCCAGGACUGCGGGCGGCACAAACACAGCGGGGCGGCUGCAAGCAAGGGGCAGGUCUUCUGCGCCCGGCCCACUCGCGUGAACAUAAAAGCUGCCGCAGGCUGUGGGGCUCCACCACGCCCUUCACCAGCGCCUGGCCGUCUGCUCAUUUGUCGCUUGAGAUCUCCAGCCUUACCGUCGCUCGAAAUGGACCCCAACUGCUCCUGCACCACUGGUGUCUCCUGCACCUGCGCCGGUUCCUGCAAGUGCAAAGAGUGCAAAUGCACCUCCUGCAAGAAGAGCUGCUGCUCCUGCUGCCCCGUGGGCUGUGCCAAGUGUGCCCAGGGCUGUGUCUGCAAAGGGGCAUCGGAGAAGUGCAGCUGCUGUGCCUGAUGUGGGGACAGCUCUGCUCCCAGUUGUAAAUAGAGCAACCUGCAUAACCUGGGUUUUUUUUUUAAUACAACCCUGAGCCAUUUUCUGCAUUUCUUUUUAUGUUAAAUAUGUGAAUGGCAAUAAAAGAAUUUUGACUUGAAUCUUA